AUGGAUUUAGUUAAUCACCUCACAGACAGACUGCUGUUUGCGGUUCCAAAGAAGGGGAGACUUUAUGAGAAAUGUGUUAAUUUACUCAAAGGCUCCGACAUCCAGUUUAAUAGAUCUAGCAGGCUCGACAUCGCUCUGUGUACAAACCUCCCAAUUGCGCUCAUAUUCCUGCCCGCAGCUGACAUACCCACCUUCGUCGGAGAAGGUCGCUGCUCUAUCGGAAUCACUGGCGUCGAUCAAGUGAAGGAGAGCGACGUUGACGUCGACAUCGCCAUGGAUCUCUUGUUUGGAAAGUGCAGAUUACAAGUCCAAGUCCCAGAAAAUGGGCCAUACGAAAAACCUGAGCAACUUAUUGGAAAGACCAUCGUUUCCUCGUUCACAAACCUCACUAGACAAUAUUUCGAGGAGCUGGAGGGUGUCAAGCCAGGAGAGCCACUCAAAACCAAGAUCAAGUUUGUUGGCGGUUCCGUCGAGGCAAGUUGCGCUUUGGGUGUUGGAGACGCCAUUGUUGAUCUUGUUGAGAGCGGUGAGACCAUGAAAGCUGCAGGGUUGCACGCCAUUGGUACCAUUUUGAACACAUCCGCACACUUGAUCAUCUCUAGAAAUCCAUCCCACCCUGAGCUUGUCGAAGUGAUCAAAUCACGCUUAGAAGGUGUUCUGGCUGCUCAGCGCUACGUGCUGUGUAAUUACAACGCUCCGAGAUCGAUGCUUCCAAGCCUGCUGAAGUUGACUCCAGGUAGACGUGCUGCCACCGUUUCUCCUCUUGACGACGGUGAAUGGGUGGCUGUCUCGUCGAUGGUGGAACGCAAGGACAUGGGCAACAUCAUGGACAGGCUCAAGGAGCUGGGAGCUUCGGAUAUUCUUGUCUUUGAAAUCUCCAACUGUAGAGUUUAG